AUGCCAGUGACAGUCAAAGUAGUGAGGAUAGUUUUGAGGAUACUCACAUUCAGAUUGGGGACGUUGUUGCUUUGCGGGUUACUCAGUUUUGAUAAAAAGAAUUGGCCUUCUCUUCUCAAAUUCUCUGAUAUUUCACUGGAGAAGAGAGAGAAGAUCCUUCAAAGAUGGAACAUACAGUGGUAUAACCCUUUAGCCAGAAUCGCUUUUUUGAUGAUCAAAGCCAUGUUCUUGUUCUACUACUUCACAUGGACAAAUGAAAAUUCAGAAAACCCGGCAUGGGAUGCAAUUGGCUAUGGCGUGGACAUAGGUACAAACGAUGACGUUGAACAGGAGGAAAGACCUCUAGACAAAGGGAUCAUCGCGACCGCAAAAGAAGAUGAGAUGACAAUGAAGCAACGUAUGAUCAACAAAGGUCUUCAAGUCACAGAGGACAGAGAAAGCGACACUUACAAGAUCGAGUGUGAUGCAGUGGUAGUGGGUUCUGCCUGUGGUGGAGGAGUUGCAGCUGCAAACCUAGCAAAGUCAGGCCUUAGAGUGGUAGUUCUCGAGAAAGGGAACUACUUUGUGCCGCAAGACUACUCGACUCUCGAGGGUCCUUCCAUGUUUGAGAUGUUUGAGUUGAAUAGCUUAUUGAUGACUCAUGAUGGGAGGUUCCGGUUCAUGGCAGGAUCAACUGUCGGUGGUGGCUCUGUGGUAAACUGGGCAGCAUCCUUGAAAACACCUGACGCUAUCAUUGAAGAAUGGUCAGUGGAUCUAGGGAUUCCAAUAUUUUCAAGAGAGAAUUACAAGGCGGCUAUGUAUACAGUUUGCAAGAGAUUAGUAGUGCCAAGGAAUUCAUCAGAGAAACACUACUGCGGUAGUUGCUCGUCCGGAUGCAAAACCGGAGAUAAAAGGGGAACAGAUUCAACCUGGCUGGUUGAUGCAGUUAACAACAAUGCCUUGAUCCUAACACAGUGCAAGGCUGAGAAAUUGAUCUUGGUGGAUAACGAUGCUGAGGAAAGAAGGGAGACCGGACUGAAGAAAAAGAUGUUUGGGAGUGACAGCUUCUCUAUCCAACCGAACCAGAAAGAAGCUUCAGAUCAAUGCCAAAGUGACAGUUGUGGCUUGCGGCUCGCUUAUGACACCGGGACUGUUGACUUCGAGCGGGUUGAAGAAUCCAAACAUUGGUCGCGGACUCCAUAUCCACCCUAUCCUGAUGGUUUGGGGAUACUUCCCAGAUAA